GCGGACGACCUUGAGGCGGACCUCGACGACCUCGACGACAUGGGCGACGACGAGAGCGACGACGGCGGCGAGGAGAACCUGGACGCGGUGCUCGCGGGCCUGGCCGCGCCCGCCGGCGGCGGCGUCGCGGCGCUCGCGCGGCUCUCGGCGUCGGACCGGUACCGGCGCCACGUGUCCGCGAUCGAGACGUUCGCCGCGCGCGAGGCGGAGCCCGGGUCCAUCGGCGUCGGCGACGACGACGCGGAGUACGUGCUCAUCGUCGAGUCCAACGAGAUCCUCAUCAAGAUCGACGCGGAGGUCCACCAGCUCCACCGCUACGUCAACGACGUCUACGCGAAAAAAUUCCCCGAGCUCGACACGCUCGUGCCGUCGAAGAUGGAGUACAUGCGCGUCGUCGACCGCAUGCGCAACGAGAUGGACAUGACCGCCGUGGAUUUGAGCGACGUGCUCCCCCCGACGGUCGUCAUGGUCGUCUCGGUCACGGGGUCGACGACGUCGGGCCAGCCGCUCGGCGCGGGCGAGCUCGACGAGUGCGUCGCGGGCUGCGCGGAGUGCUUCCGGCUCGAGCGCGACAAGGGGACGAUCCUCUCCUACCUCGAGAGCCGCAUGUCCGUGCUCGCGCCGAACCUCACGCGGCUCGUCGGGUCGUCGCUCGCGGCGAUGUUGGUGGGCAUGGCCGGCGGCCUCGAGAAGCUCGCGCACGUGCCCGCGUGCAACCUGACGGUCAUGGGCCAGGAGAAGCGCCACCUCGCGGGCUUCGGCAUGACCGCGGGCCUGCCCCACACGGGCGUGCUCUACUUCUCGGACCUCGUGCAGGCCGCGCCGCCCGCGCUCCGCCGCAAGGCCCUCAAGAUCGUCGCCGCGAAGUCGUCGCUCGCCGUGCGCCUCGACGCCUUCGGCAACCGGCACGACGGCGACGUCGCCGCCGCCGACGGCUGGCGCGACGAGAUCGCGGCGAAGAUCGAGAAGGCCUGCGAGCCGCCCAAGGCCCAGAAGGUCAAGGCGCUGCCGCCGCCGGACAUCAUGACGGGCAAGAAGAAGCGCGGCGGC